AUGGCAUUGCAUAUGGUGCCGAGCACAACUCACAUGUUUAAGGCCAUUAUGGGUUUGAGAGAAAUACCGGAGGAUGUAUUCUGGACCGAUCGUCUAGAGAAAGUCUUUUUACAUGGCAACAAAAUAGAAGAAAUCCCAUAUGGCAUAUCACCAAGUUGCCCUAAACUAACGAGGCUGUCUUUACAUAGCAAUUUCUCGUUGGGAGUCAUCCAUGGAUCUUUCUUCAGACAUCUAAAGGGGCUGACAGUUCUAGAUCUCUGCUGCACCGGAAUCACGGAAUUACCAGACUCCAUCUUUGAGUUGGAGAGCUUGGAAGCACUGUUAUUGCAAGGUUGUUACUCAUUGCAUUUUAUUCCUUAUGUAGGAAAGUUACAAUCCCUAAGAAAGUUGGACCUCAGUGAGUGUGGAAGUCUUGGAGAAGUGCCAGAGGGCAUGGAGAUGUUGACAAACCUGAGGUACCUCGCCCUAGAUGGCACAUUACCGGAGGGAGUGUUGGGGAAGCUAGUGAACUUGCAAUAUCUCGCGAUUAAAGAGCUAAGGGUGGGAGAAGAGGUAAAAUUACCGGAGGUGGAGGAACUUUAUUGUUCUGUUUCCGAUGUGGAAACGUUCAAUGCAUGCGUGGGGUGUCUUGAGCGAAAUGGAUCCCAAUGCUACAGGCUCAUGAUGGGUGCACCAAGUGGUGGGGUCCUUUGGGGUGGGAGUGAGGCUGAGAGGUCCUUACUCAUGGAUAGAUGCGACCGUAUCGCCGUGAGUGUAGAUGGAACAAGUGGUGAUGGCUGCGCUCUACUUCCGGAAAGUGUGCAAUCAUUGCAAUUGUCCCGGUGUCAUAAAAUGAAGAGAGUGAUGGAACGGGAGUGGCUGACCGCUCACCUUCCAAAUCUGGAGGAGAUUAUAAUCAUUAGUUGUGAGAACUUAGAGGAGAUAAUACAUGGGCCAUUGCCAAGUGAAGCCACUUGUUGCCUUAAAUAUCUUGAAGCAUAUGGAUGCAACAACAUGAAGAGGGUGCUGCUGACGCAAGACAUGGUGCUCCAUCUCCCUUUCCUCGAAGGGAUAGUAGUCGAAGACAGCAAGGGCAUCGAGUUGAUAAUGGGCACUGUUGCCAAAAUGACGCACUUCUCCUUCCCGAAGUUAAUGAACCUGGUUCUAUGUAAACUUCCGGAACUGAAGAGCAUAUGUGAUGGGAUCACAAGAUGCAAUUACCUCUAG